CAAGCAAAAAGCGCUUGGACAAUUGAUAAAGUGAGCGCAGCUCUGAGGGCAUCCAUGCUGUCGGCUAGUGUAAACACAGGUCGCACACGUGAUGUCAGCAUUUUUUUGUCGUGGAAAGUGACGUUGCGGACCUUAAAACUCCGGUUUUGUCUGUCCACACGCAGACACCCAAAACGGAGAAAACGCAGAUCUUCACUUUGGCCGGAGUUUUUAAAAAGAUCCGUUUUCGUGUGAAAGAAAAAUAUCUAUGUUUUGGCAGAUCCCCGGCUACGUGUGGACAGGGCCUUAGACAGAGAUCCUCAAAAGUGAUGGUGUAAUACCAAUGCCCUAUACACUGGCGCUACUGGCUACUGAUGCGGGUGGUGGUCUUUACGUGUGUUUAAAAGAAUUGCAGCUUGUGUUUAUUUCCGAUGAUGUUCAUAAUUUCGUCUUGUUCCACAAAUGUCCACGAUCCUUUCACAGCAGUUAAAGUGGUUUACAGAGAAUGCGUUACUUGCCCCAAUGACAGUCCGCAGGGUCCUUUACACCCAGCCGCAGUCCUCGCCACACAAUAAAAAACUGUUUGUGCCAUCACAGCAACACCAGAGUCUAAUCUGUGUUGGCUUAAGUAGGCUGGUGCUUCCACAAUCAAUUUGACCAAUCAAAUGAGGCCAAGCCUCCUCUCAUGUAUGCAGAAAGAAAAUGAAAGACCCAUAUGGCUCCUACAGAUGGACUUGCAUCCAUUUGGUCCAACCUUGAAGAUGGCAUGAUCCUACAUACCAAGAUCUUAAACAACUAGCACUCACACCAUCUGUUGUGCACGACUCUCAGCUGCUAAUGUGAAUAUUUAGCUCUGAGGUAGUCACUGUUUGUGCGGCAGCCAUGUUAUCUCAGUUUCAGCAGAGAUUCAGCUAACAGACAAGCAAACUGGGACAGAUGAGUCUGAAAUGGAUCUUUUUGUAGAACAACGAUCGGGAACAUUGAGGUGGAGCAGUAGGAGAUUAUGUAGAGGAUUAGCUCUUCUGCAGAAAUCUUUCAUUGCGAAAAAAGCUAAUCGGAGUCUUUUAUUUUGAUCAUUGGCGGUUUUAAACAGGGGCCUGGGCCCCUAUAGAACUGGCCCUGGCCCCUGUUAUGGCCCCUGUGCUGAAGAGAUCGGAUUUUUCCCCCCGCGCUGCCUCGGAGACGGGAACUAAUGCGCUGCAGCGUUUCACACGGAGCCUUUAGAGUGCAGCACACUCUGUGGACAGAACUGUUUACCCGGUGGAUUUUUGAAUAAAAGAUUAAGAAUAGUUUAAAUGGGACCCAAAGAAAUUCUUGAGGACAACUAACGGAAAAGACGCUGAGAGACGAAGGCAAGCAAUACAGUUUAUUUUCCUGACAUCAAUGAAUUUCCUUUGGCAAAAUUGUGCACAAGCACAAAAUUAGUCAUAUGGCGACGACAAAAAAGAAUUUUGAUAUUGCACUAAUUUUCCCCUUUUUUUUCUUGCGCCCCCAUGAAAAAAUACUGGCCCCACUGUGGCCCCCCUGGAAAAUUUGGCCUAGAACCGCCCCUGAUUUUGAUAUUUGGAAUUGAUGGACUAGUUAGAACCCCAUAAACAGAACGGUGUCAGAGCUUCCAGCUGUUGCAGAUGUUUCUAUGUGGACUCCAUCAGAAAGGUUAAGAGUUUUAAAUACUGGGACUGACUUUUUAAAUGUAUGCCCGUUAAAAAAAAACUUUUUUGAGGAAUUUUUGCGCAGUACGAAUGUCACAAAUCACCAUAAAUUAAAUUAAGCAUUUUUGAUAAAACGAAACCACGUUUUUGAAGCCCAUUAGGAACCGGAAAAACGGGCUCGCUGGUUUUUUAUUCCCCUUUCUGUCUCAUUUGAAUAUUCGGUGUGUGUUUCGGUGCAUAGAGGUGUGUUUAUACACUGGAGGUAAUCAUUCAGCUGCAUUUAUCUGGCAACACGUAAUUUGUUUCCGUGUUUUGUGAUUUAUUACAUUCACCAACGCGUCUAAAAGUAAGUUAAAAGUGAGAGUUAAAAGCACCCCUGUGCAGAAAUCCCUUCCGUGUUCCGUGAUGCCAUUGAAAGCAGCGCGCGCAGCCGCCGACAGGUGGGCGUGGCCACGAGCUCACCUGAGAAGUGAUAAAAAGUGAGCAGCUGAGCGGCGCGCGGAGUCCAUCCGGGCUAAAGUCGGGCUCCGAACAGUUAGACGGGCUCUCUUGGCUCUAGGGGACACCGAUCGAGACGUCAGCCGGAACCGAGAUCAGAGACGGAACCAGGAAGAACUCAGCUGCUGAGAUCCAGCCACCAUGACUGAUGCAGACAAGUUCCUGUAUGGGGACCGCAGCGAGGUCAACAACCCCCUGGCUCAGGCCGACUGGGCCUCCAAGAAGCUGGUGUGGGUUCCCAGUGAGAAGGUGGGCUACGAAGCCGGCUCGCUGAAGGAGGAGCAGGGAGACGAGUGUGUGGUGGAGCUGUCGGACUCUGGCAAGAAGGUGAAGGUCAACAAAGAUGAUAUCCAGAAAAUGAAUCCUCCCAAAUUCAGCAAGGUGGAGGACAUGGCAGAGCUCACCUGCCUGAACGAAGCCUCCGUGCUGCACAACCUGAAGGAGCGAUACUACUCGGGACUCAUCUACACGUACUCCGGUCUGUUCUGUGUGGUGAUCAACCCCUACAAGAACCUGCCCAUCUACAACGAGGAGAUAGUCAACAUGUACAAGGGCAAGAAGAGACAUGAGAUGCCCCCCCACAUCUACGCCAUCACAGACACGGCCUACAGGAGCAUGAUGCAGGAUCGGGAGGAUCAGUCCAUCCUUUGCACUGGGGAGUCUGGAGCCGGCAAAACGGAGAACACAAAGAAAGUCAUUCAGUAUCUUGCACACGUUGCUUCAUCCAAGUCUAAAAAGGACCAGGGCAGUGCCGUGUUAUCACAUGGAGAACUGGAGAAGCAGCUGCUGCAAGCAAACCCCAUCUUGGAGGCUUUCGGCAACGCCAAGACCGUCAAGAAUGAUAACUCCUCCAGAUUUGGCAAAUUCAUCCGGAUCAACUUUGACGUGAAUGGAUACAUCGUCGGGGCCAACAUCGAAACCUAUCUUCUGGAGAAAUCUCGAGCCAUCAGACAGGCUAAAGAGGAGAGGAGCUUCCACAUCUUCUACUACAUGCUGACCGGAGCAGGAGACAAGCUGCGCUCUGAUUUGUGUCUGGAGGACUACAAAAAGUAUCGCUUCUUGUCCAAUGGACAUGUGACCAUCCCAGGACAGCAGGACAAAGACCUGUUCACUGAAACCAUGGAGGCCUUUAAGAUCAUGAGCAUUCCGGAGGAGGAGACCCUCGGUCUGCUGAAGGUGGUUUCAGCUGUGCUCCAGUUGGGGAACAUGACCUUCAAGAAGGAGCGUAACUCUGACCAGGCGUCCAUGCCUGAUGACACGGCUGCUCAGAAGGUGUGUCAUCUGCUGGGGAUCAACGUGACCGACUUCACACGAGCCAUCCUGUCUCCCAGAAUCAAGGUCGGUAGGGACUUUGUGCAGAAGGCUCAGACCCAGGAGCAAGCAGAGUUUGCCGUUGAGGCUCUGGCCAAAGCCUCGUAUGAGAGGAUGUUUCGCUGGCUGGUUCUGAGGAUCAACAAGGCUCUGGACAAGACCAAGAGACAGGGAGCGUCCUUCAUCGGGAUCCUGGACAUCGCUGGAUUUGAGAUCUUUGAGCUGAACUCCUUUGAGCAGCUUUGCAUCAACUUCACCAACGAGAAGCUGCAGCAGCUCUUCAACCACACCAUGUUCGUGCUGGAGCAGGAGGAGUACCAGAGGGAGGGCAUCGAGUGGAGCUUCAUCGACUUCGGCCUCGACCUGCAGCCCUGCAUCGACCUCAUCGAGAAACCUGCUGGUCCUCCGGGCAUCCUGGCUCUGCUCGAUGAAGAGUGCUGGUUCCCCAAAGCCACCGACAAAACCUUUGUGGAAAAACUAGCUCAGGAGCAGGGAAAUCACCCCAAGUUCAAGAAACCCAAGAAGCUCAAGGACGAUGCAGAUUUCUGCAUUCUUCACUAUGCCGGAAAGGUGGACUACAAGGCAGAUGAAUGGCUGAUGAAGAACAUGGACCCCCUGAAUGAGUCUGUGGCCUCUUUGCUGAACCAGUCCACAGAUAAGUUCACAGCAGACUUGUGGAGAGACAUGGACCACAUUGUGGGUCUUGAUAAGGUGGCAGGAAUGUCUGACUCGGCCCACGGAGCGUUCAAAACCCGCAAAGGCAUGUUUCGCACUGUUGGGCAGCUGUACAAGGAGCAGCUGGGGAACCUCAUGACCACUCUGAGGAACACCAAUCCAAACUUUGUCCGCUGCAUCAUCCCCAACCACGAGAAGAAGGCCGGCAAACUGGACCCCCAUCUGGUCCUGGACCAGCUCAAGUGUAACGGAGUCCUGGAGGGGAUCCGUAUCUGCAGACAGGGCUUCCCCAACCGCGUCGUCUUCCAGGAGUUCAGACAGAGAUAUGAAAUCCUCACUCCCAGUGCCAUUCCAAAGGGGUUCAUGGAUGGGAAGCAGGCCUGUGUGCGCAUGGUCAAAGCGCUGGAGCUGGACCCAAAUCUGUACCGCAUCGGUCAGAGUAAAGUGUUCUUCAGGGCUGGAGUCCUGGCUCACCUGGAGGAAGAGCGGGACCUGAAGAUCACAGACGUGAUCAUCAACUUCCAGGCCUGGUGCCGAGGAUACGUGGCACGCAAAGCCUUCACUAAGAGGCAGCAGCAGCUGACCGCCAUGAAAGUCAUCCAGAGAAACUGUGCAGCUUAUCUGAAACUCAGGAACUGGCACUGGUGGAGGCUCUUCACUAAGGUGAAGCCUCUGCUGGAGGUGAACAGGAAAGAGGAGGAUCUGGCUGCUAAAGAGAAAGAGUUGAUGGAUAUAAAGGAGAAACAAAAUCAGACUGAGGAGCAGCUCAAAGAAUAUGAGGCUAAGCAGAAACAGCUACACGCAGAGAAGUCUGCUCUUCAGGAGCAGCUCCAGGCAGAGACGGAGCUUUGUGCAGAGGCUGAGGAGAUGAGGAAUCGUUUAGCCGUGAGGAAGCAGGAGCUGGAGGAGAUCCUCCAUGACCUGGAGUCUCGUUUGGAGGAGGAGGAGGAAAGGGUCAGUCAGAUGCAAACUGAGAGAAAGAAGAUGCAGCAGAACAUCACGGAGCUGGAGCAGCAGCUGGACGAGGAGGAAGCGGCGAGACAGAAGCUGCAGAUGGAGAAGCUCACCACAGAUGCAAAGCUUAAGAAGCAAGAAGAGGACAUCAUGGUGCUGGAAGACCAGAACAGCAAACUCAACAAGGAGAAGAAACAGCUGGAGGACAGGUUGGCUGAGUUCACCACCAACUUAACCGAGGAGGAAGAAAAGUCCAAAAGUUUACAGAAGCUCAAGAAUAAACAUGAGACCAUGAUCACGGACUUGGAGGAGCGUCUGAGAAAGGAGGAGAAGAUGCGCCAGGAGUUGGAGAAGAACCGCCGAAAACUGGAGGGCGACUCCUCGGAGCUCCACGACCAGAUUGCGGACCUGCAGGCGCAGAUCGCCGAGCUCCGAGCUCAGCUGGCAAAGAAGGAGGAGGAGCUGCUUGCUGCGCUGGCCAGGAUCGAGGAGGAGGCUGCUGCGAAGAACGCGGCCCAGAAGAAGAUUAGAGAGCUGGAAGCCCAGAUCUCUGAGCUCCAGGAUGACCUGGAGAUGGAGAGGAGUGCGCGUGCCAAGGCAGAGAAACAUCGCAGGGAUCUCGCAGAGGAACUGGAGGCCCUCAAGACGGAGCUGGAGGACACGCUGGAUUCCACAGCAGCACAGCAGGAGCUGAGAGCCAAACGUGAGACCGAGGUUUCUCAGCUCAAGAAAACUCUGGAGGAGGAGGCCAAGGGUUACGAGCAGCAGAUGUCUGACAUGAGACAAAAACACAACCAGGCAUUCGAAGAGCUCAACGAGCAGCUGGAGACGACCAAAAGGAACAAGGUGUCUGUGGAGAAAGCCAAGCAGGCCCUGGAGAGCGAGAAGAAUGAGCUGCAGAUCGAGGUCAAGUCUUUGACGCAAAGCAAAGGAGAGUCUGAAAACCGGCGCAAAAAGGCCGAGGCCCAGGUUCAGGAGCUGCAGGUCAAAUUUGGAGAAAGCGAACGACAGAAGCACGAGCUCGCUGACAAGCUGACCAAGAUGCAGGCGGAGCUGGACAAUGCCAGCAGCCUGCUGAGUCAAGCGGAGGGCAAAAACAUCAAGUCCAGCAAAGACCUGUCUUCUGUGGAGUCUCAGCUGCAGGACACGCAGGCGCUGCUCCAGGAGGAAACCCGUCAGAAGCUUUCUCUGUCCACCCGCCUGAAACAGCUGGAGGAGGAGCAGAGCAACCUGCGCGAGGUGCUGGAGGAAGAGGAGGAGGGCAAGAAGAACAUGGAGAAGCAGAUUUCCACUCUGCAGGCUCAGUUGGCAGAAAUGAAGAAGAAAGUUGAACAUGAAUCCUCGUCACUGGAGGGGGCAGAGGAGGGUCGCAAGAAGGUUCAGCGGGAGCUGGAGAGCAAGGUGCUGCAGCUGGAGGAGAAGACGGCUGCCUACGACAAACUGGACAAGACAAAAACUCGUCUGCAGCAGGAGCUGGACGACCUCCUGGUGGACCAAGAUAACCUGAGGCAGGUUGUGUCGAACCUGGAGAAGAAGCAGAAGAAGUUUGAUCAGAUGUUGGCAGAGGAGAAAGCGAUUUCUACUCGGUACGCCGAGGAGCGUGACAAGGCCGAGGCUGAAGCCAGGGAGAAGGAAACCCGAGCGCUCACACUGGCCCGAGAGCUGGAGACCAUGACGGACCUGAAGAACGAGUUGGACCGCGCCAAUAAACUGCUCAAGGCUGAGAUGGAAGACCUGGUCUCCUCCAAGGAUGAUGCUGGCAAGAGUGUUCACGAGCUGGAGAGAUCAAAGCGUGCUAUGGAGCAGCAGCUGGAGGAGAUGAAGGUUCAGCUGGAGGAGCUGGAGGACGAGCUGCAGACCACAGAAGAUGCCAAACUGCGUCUGGAGGUCAACAUGCAGGCGAUGAAAGCCCAGUUCGACCGAGACCUGCAAGGCAGAGAUGAGCAGGGAGAGGAGAAGAGGAAGCAGCUAGUGAAACGGGUGCGAGAAAUGGAGUUGGAGCUGGAAGACGAGCGUAGACAGCGCCAUCAGGCCCUGGCCUCCAGGAAGAAACUGGAGAUGGACCUGGCUGACCUCGGAGCACAGAUCAAUCUAGCAAAUAAAGCACGAGACGACGCGCUGAAGCAACUGAAGAAACUUCAGGCUCAAAUGAAAGACCAAAUGAAAGAGCUGGAAGAUCUUCGUUUGUCCAGAGAUGAAGCCGUCAACAGUGCAAAGGAGGCUGAGAAGAAGAUCAAGUCCUUGGAGGCAGAUCUCCUGCAUUUCCAGGAGGACCACGCCACGGCAGAGAGACUCAAGAGGCAGCUUCAAACUGAGAAGGAUGAGCUCCAGGAUGAGAUCAACGGCAACAACACCAAGAAUUCUUUGCUGACGGAGGAGAAGAGGAGGCUGGAAGCUCGCAUCACUCAGCUGGAGGAAGAGCUGGAGGAAGAGCAGCUCAGCAUUGAGCUGGUUAACGAUCGUCUGAAGAAACUGACCCUGCAGACUGAGCAGUUGAACACGGAGCUGGGUGCGGAACGCGGCAAUUCCCAGCGGCUGGAGGGCGCACGUUCCCAGCUGGACCGCCAAAACAAGGAGCUGAAAGCGAAGCUGCAGGAGCUUGAGACCACCAUCAAGUCCAAGUACAAGUCCUCCAUCACAUCGCUGGAGGCCAAGAUCGCUCAGCUGGAAGAACAGCUGGAGUUGGAAUCUAAGGAGCGUCAGCAGGCCUCCAGGCUGGUCAAGCGAACUGAGAAGAAGCUCAAGGAGGUGCUGCUGCAAGUCGACGACGAGAGGCGCAACGCUGAGCAAUACAAAGAUCAAGUGGACAAAGCCAACAAUCGAAUGCGCCAGCUGAAACGCCAGCUGGAGGAGGCGGAGGAGGAGGUGACGAGGGCCAACGUGUACCGCAGGAAGCUGCAGAGGGAGCUGGAUGACGCCACCGAGUCAGCAGACGCGAUGAACCGAGAAGUCAGCAGUCUGAAGGGCAAGAUGAGACGGGCAGACUUACCCUUCAGUACAAGAAAAACAACGGGUCGCGGCGGCGUGGACAGCGAUGAGGAUUUGGACCCGUCUGGAGCGGCACCCGACUCUGCAGCUCAGUGAAUUAAACGUCACGAGCCAACAUGCAAACUGAAUAUUAUCCGUCUUCCAAUUUUCCGUGCAACUGUCAUAAAAAGACAAACUAUGAAUUAGUCCCUCAAAAAGGCUUUAAAAUAUGUUAUUUCUACUAAGUGGGUGCAUUUAUCAGAACGUGUGCUUGUAGCAGAAAUCAUUGCAUUCAAUACAUUUGAGCUUUGGGGUGAUUUGAUUGGAGAGGGAAGGGGUAACCACUUGUCCUUUUAUGCAUCGAUGCAGUUCCGUCACUAGUCUGGGUUCAGCGGCGUCUGCAUGAAUGUGUGUGUAAAAAGCUGCUGGAUUAUGACGGGCUCGUUCGGUUCUCUACAGAUUUGUACGGUUCUGACUGUUUGAUGCUUCUCUUGCUGUGCUUUCACUCCGAGGCUGGUGAAGGGCUAUCAUAGCAGCUUAUGAAUGCAGGGGCUAUACCUAGUCUCUGAAAUGCUACUUAUUUUUGUUCUAUGCUUUUUAUUCUCCAACAUGUCCUGUGCCAAGGAUGUUAGGCUAGUAUAUGUUUCAUAAGAUGCCUUAAUGCAAUAAAAUAUAUUGAGUAUCAAAUCUA